AUGUCACUUAAAUUCGGAAGUAGAAGAACAAUAGUUGUAUCAUCACCAGAAAUUGCCAAGGAAAUGCUUCAAAAGCAUGAUCUAGAGUUCUCAGGCAGAGAAAUCUGCGAUGCAGUCAGAGCAUUGGACCACCAUAAGUUCUCAGUUUUCUGGUUACCAGCACAAAGCCAGUGGCGCAAUCUUCGCAAACUAUGCAAAGAGCGUAUCUUUUCAUCAGAAAGGCUCAACGCCAGUCAAGGGCUCCGCCAAGAAAAGGGCAUAAGGCGUACAGCCAAGUUAUCUUACGGAAAAUUGCUUGAUAUUAUUGAUGGUAUCAUUCGUCAGAGAUCACAAGAAAGAAACACAUCCAACACUUAUCUCAGGAAAAAUGACUUCUUGGAAACCCUCCUUGAUCUUAAUCAGCAAAAUGAAUCUGUAUUGAGCUACAUGGGCAUGAAGAAUUUGAUUCUGGUGAUUGGAGGGACAGAAACAAGUUCAGUCACCGUGGAAUGGGCAAUGGCAGAGUUACUACGCAACCCUGAAAAAAAAUCAAAAGCUAGGGAUGAGAUCAUGGAAAUCAUUCCACAAAACGAGCUGGUUCAAGAAUCAGAUAUCUCAAAUCUUCCUUACUUGCGAUCGGUUAUUAAAGAAACCUUUCGUCUUCACCCUCCUGCCCCAUUCCUAGUUCGCCAAGCCGAAAGUGACACAGAAAUCAAUGGAUAUAUGGUGCCAAAAAGUGCUGAUAUACUGGUUAACGUGUGGGGUAUUGGCAGGGAUCCAAGCUUGUGGUCAGAUCCUACUUCAUUCGUGCCUGAACGUUUCAUGGAUACAGAAAUUGAUGUGAAAGGCCAGCAUUUUGAGCUCCUUCCUUUUGGCUCGGGAAGAAGAAUUUGUCCAGGACUACCGCUGGCUGAUCGAAUUGUGCACCUCAUGGUGGCUGCUUUGCUUCAUAAAUUUGAGUGGAAGCUUGAAGAAGGGAUCAAACCAGAAGAACUUGACAUGACAGAAGAGUUGGGAGGUACAAUACACAAGGCAGUGCCCCUUAAGGCCAUUGCUCUUUUGGAACCAUAA